AUGUGGAGUUCCGAUAAGGAAAAUAUCCUAAUGGAGCCGUUCCAUUACCUCGAGGCGCUGCCUGGAAAGGAACUCCGGUCACAAUUCAUGCAUGCAUUCAAUACAUGGCUACAAGUACCAGGACAAUCUUUGUCAGUUAUUAUGCGAGUAGUCGGUAUGCUACAUACAGCUUCCCUCCUGAUCGACGACAUACAGGAUAACAGCCGACUGAGACGAGGUGCUCCUGUAGCGCACGACGUCUUUGGAACCGCACAGACGAUCAACUCUGCCAACUAUGUCUACUUCUGCGCAUUGAGAGAUCUCUCUAUUCUUGGAAAUGCAGAACUUAUUCAGAUCUAUACAGAGGAGUUGCUAAACCUACACCGCGGACAAGGAAUGGAUAUAUUCUGGCGCGAUACAUCAACCUGCCCUACAGAGCCUGAUUACAUUCAAAUGGUCAGCAACAAGACUGGGGGACUGUUUCGGUUAGCCGUCAAACUCAUGUGUGCUGAAUCGAGACGGGUACAGGAUGUUGCGAGAUACGUGAGACUCGCCAAUUCGAUUGGUGUUCUCUUCCAGGUUCUGGAUGAUUAUCGCAAUCUUACCGAUGGUCUUUACACACAGAAAAAAGGUCUUUGUGAGGAUUUAUCUGAGGGAAAGUUCAGCUUUCCUAUCAUCUAUGCUAUCCAAUCCGAGCCUAGUAGCUCCUUCCUCCUUGAUAUCCUCCGUCAAAGAACGAACGAAGAUGCGAUCAAGCGGGAUGCGGUAUCGUAUAUAGAGAGACGUGGCAGCUUCUUGUACACGAGAACAGUACUAAGAGGACUAAAGGAAGACAUAAUUAGACUGGUAGACGAGGUAGAUGCGGGUGAGGGGAAGAGUGCUGAUUUGAAGUGCGUCUUAGAGAAACUCGUAUCUGAUGUGUAG